CCAACUUUCAGUUCACCUGUUGGCUUGCCUUGCCUGAUUCACCUCCCCUGGCGUAGCCGACGCCAAUAGCCACGGCCCAGCCAAUGACCCUUGCCGCCGUCACCCCUCGAUUUCGUUUUGCCCUCGCAUGAUUCACCCGCUCCACUGGGACUCCCAACCCUCCGGAUCCCCGUUCUCCAGUCUGACCUGUCAUUAAACCGCAUCACUAGCCGUCUCGACGACUAUAAUAAUAACAACCUCGCCUUCCCGCUGCCAUCCCGGCCUCGCUUGUUCACUGCCGUUAUUUUGUCACAGACCCUCCAUCGUCCCAUCACCCAUUUACUCCAAGAUUCAUCCCUGGACUUGUGCAUGUCUCCGUAAAGAUGUCUGAUCAGAGCCAUCAGAGACAUCAAAGCGAGGACAAGGAGGGCAUCUCCAAGUAUAUGAAGCGUAUGAAGACCGUGUUGAGAAGAAGCUCCGUUGCGUCCGGCUCUAGCAGCCAUGGCGAUACUUCUGGUGAAUCCAGCAAGGCGGCUACUCGUAAGUCGUCCGUAGCUCCUGCUGCCUCACCGACUACCACCGCUGCUGCUACUGCUCCCGCUGCUCCAACUCCUGCACCAGCUACCACUGUCGCUCCCGCCAAGAAGAAUCCUAUCCUCGUUUCUCAUUGGAGUGCGAUUCAGCAGGAGAAAACCCGUGCUCUGUUUGCCAAGUAUGGUUUGGAGUACCACACCGCUGAUGCGAACCUGCCCGGCGACAACGUCCAGCGUGUUGUCAAGCCCGUUCGCAUGCGUGUCCACCGCACCUGUCAUCGGUGCCAGACAUCAUUCGGAAGCAGCAAAACCUGCGUCAAUUGCCAGCACGUUUGCUGCACCAAGUGCCCUCGCUACCCGGCAAAGAAGAGCAAAGAAGACGAGUCCAAGGCCCAGUUCAAAAUCCCGACCAAGACCAACAAACCCGCUCACAAGCACCCGCUUACUAUGCCAUCCCGUACUGGUGGCCAGGACCUGGUUCGCAAGCAGAUCCGCCAGAAAGUCCGUCGCUUCUGUCACCGUUGUAAUACCAUGUUCGAAGGACAGAGCACCGAGUGCGCCAAGUGCAAACAUACCCGGUGCAAGAAGUGUCCUCGAGACCCACCCAAAUUACACAAAUACCCUGAUGGAUACCCAGGGGAUGUCGAACCACCGAAGGAACCGCAGCAACGAGUCUGGAGGAAGCCUACACGGAGAGUGCGCUACAUAUGCCACAAAUGCUCGACAACCUACAAACCUGGUGAUCCCAAGUGCUCGAACUGUGGUCAGACGAAGGGACCGGAUACUUUGCGCGACCCGCCGAAGAAAGUGAAACCCGAACCCGACCCGGAGAUAGUCAAACAGGUCGAAGAACGACUGGCGAAACUGCGCAUUGAGAAAUAAGGCAUGACGACCUGAUGACGAAUUUCCCUUUGUGAUCCGACGUGUGUUCUGCGUGUAUGCCACUCUCAAUGUAGCCAAGUCGACUAUUUGAUUAUCAUCAUCUUGAGUGAAGUUGGUUACCUGUCUGCCAGCUCUGUUUGCUUUACGAUGCUCACUCAUACCGCCCACUUUCACUUCGAUGUCAUUCAUUUCCUUUGCAUUAUACCAUGACGUACCCAGUCGACCUAACUCAGUCAGAAAGGGGAAGACCAGACGAAUUACAAUACCCGAAGAGCAAAUGCUCUCCGCUCAAUCAAUCGUUACGCUAUGAAUCCUACCAACAAGAUGAUGAGUUAAGAUGAACGUGGAAUGAAUUUGAAUUAACAACCACCGUACUGCUUUGAAUGGGCCAUAGUUUACGGAGUAGUGUUCCGGUAAAGCGUAAUGACAGUAAUUAAGAGAGCCCGACGGGAGCACCAGCUGUACCCAUGGUCUGACCCGCGGGUGGGUCGUCCAGUGCAGGUGGGUUCUCUCCGUCCCGCCCGUAGCGAACAGUGAUCCAUUUGGAUGAUUACAUGGAAGUUGGCAAUGGAUGAUAUGAUUAUCAUGGUUGUAUAUGGACUCUGAGGGCCCUAUUCAUAUAUAUAUAUAUACAUAUAUAUGUGGAUAUAUCAUACAUAUCAUCUAUCCAGGUACUUGGGUGCUCCGAUUGAUUGUUACCAUUGUUACCUCCGUAUGUACUAU